UGUCAAAAGUCAGCGAAACGUUUAAAAAACGGCGAUUAGGAAAACGCAGUUGUCCCUAUAAUUUUCCUUCUUUUUGGAAAACAAGACCCUGGGAUUUUUCUCAUGGCUUACGUGGAGCGAGGUGUUGUUAAAUCAAAGCGGUCAAUAUGGCGACUAAGAACCAUCAUUGAUUUCUUCUGGGCUAUUGUCAAUUUCAUAGGAGUGUUUUUUUCAACCAUGUUGUCGAUGGAAAAGUCGGAUACCUACAGUAAAGGCUCUGGUUCAAGCAAGAAAUGGGAUGGUGGUCCAGGAGGACCUGGAAAUGGACCAUAUGGUGGUGGUGGUGGCCCACGCCGACCACCUCGUGGACUAGACAAUGUUCGAGGAAUCGACCAUAGUUCCCUUCCUGCCUGCGGCUCUUGCUGUGGUGGCUAAGUGCAGCAUAUUUGUUGUGCAUUGACUGUUAUAUCUGAAAUCGUCUUAAUCUGUGUAAGAACUUUUUAAGUUGUUAAUGUCAGUGGAUUUCCUGUGAAACAGAGAACUUUAAACCUCUAUAAACCAACAAUGCUUUUGUGUAGUCUUAAACUUUCACCAAUAUAUGUUGCUACGUGGUGGGCUGAUAGCUGUCUCUCUAAAACUGGUCGAUUUGGUUUUCUCAAUGAACAUGAUUCAUUA